AUGGAGGGUCCGUCCGAAGGGCUGCGAAAAGGUGCAUGGACUGCUGAAGAAGAUGGUCUAUUGAGGAAAUGCAUUGAUAAGUAUGGAGAAGGCAAAUGGCAUCAAGUUCCUUUAAGAGCUGGGCUAAACCGGUGCAGAAAGAGUUGUAGACUAAGAUGGUUGAACUACUUGAAACCAAGUAUCAAGCGAGGAAAACUUAGCUCUGACGAAGUUGAUCUUCUUCUUCGACUUCACAAGCUUCUAGGAAACAGAUGGUCCUUGAUUGCUGGAAGAUUGCCUGGUCGGACCGCUAAUGAUGUCAAGAAUUACUGGAACACCCACUUGAGUAAGAAGCAUGAACCUUAUUGUAAGACCAAGAUUAAAAAGAGGAACAUUCCUUGUUCUCCUACCACAUUACUGGCCCAAAAAAUCGAAGUUGUAAAGCCUCGACCCCGAUCCUUCACAAUGAACAACGGCUGCAGCCAUUUCAAUGGCCGGCCAGAAGUUCAUGACGUUACUCCUCCAUGCCUUGGACUCAAUAACUCGCCCACCACAUCUAGGAAAGAUGAGGAGCUUGUGAAUCAUCUAAUGGAUGGUGAGAAUAUGUGGUGGGAGAGUUUGCUCGAAGAGAGCCAAGAAACAGAUGCUCUCGGUGUAGUAGCUACAGCAACAGAAAAGGGAGCAAACUCCGCACUUGACGUUGAACGACUUUGGAGUUUGUUAGAUGGAGAGACUCUGGAACUUCACUAG